CGAGGUCAAAAUGGCGGCGUGCUGCAUGUGAAAGGGUCGAAACGGGAGCCGGCUUUAUGAUCGGAGAACAUGUAUAAAACGCCAUGUAGCAGAUUGUCAGGUUUCGUUGGUGUAAGUGUGAAACAAAAAUUAGUUCAAAAUGUUCCUCGAUGUAACCAGACUGCUCGCAGCCUCAUACAACUGCACAAACGAGAUCCAUCAAAAUGGCUGACGUAUCAGCACCUCAACUUCCUCAAACGCCAGUAUGUUUCCAAGAACAGCAGUGAGCUUCAGCAACGUGCAAUCCCCAAACAGUCACCUGUUCUCACCAUAGUGGAUGAGAGAGACGACAGCGUAGAAAGGCAAGUGGAGAGAAUACCAACGAUUAAGGCUGUGGUCACAGACACUGUUCCACAGCCAGAGGAUGUCACCAGUAAAGCACAGCCUGAAAUCUCUACCUUGAAGUCCACCACAGAAGAUGCGGCAGCACAAAAAGAUGCUGUGUCCCGUGUGGUUGCAACUGCAGAAGAGACUCCACAUAUACAUGUCGAGUCAAACGAAGCUAAGGAGGCCCGUCUCGACAGACAGUGGAAGCAGCUGAAGGUUGACAUGGCUGAUUUACCGGAUAUCUAUGCCAGACUUGCCAAAAUCAAACUUACAGCAUUGGUGGUUACAACUGCAGCAGCUGGCUUUGCAAUGGCCCCCGUGCCCUUUGAUCCCAUCAUGUUUUUUGUUUCUUCGCUGGGAACCGGCCUCGCCUCUUGUACAGCCAAUUCAAUUAACCAGUACUUUGAGGUGCCUUUCGACUCCAACAUGAACCGUACAAAGAACCGCCCGCUUGUCAGAGGACAGAUCAGCCCCCUCCAUGCAGUGUCCUUCGCUCUGGCCUGCGGAGUUCCUGGAGUCGCUCUGCUCACGCUGGCCGUAAACCCUUUGACGGGCUUCCUGGGCGCCCUCAACAUCUUCCUGUACACCUGCUGCUACACGCCGCUCAAGAGGCUCAGCAUCACCAACACCUGGGUGGGAGCGGUGGUCGGCGCGAUACCUCCCGUGAUGGGCUGGACGGCUGCAACGGGUUGUCUGGAGCCAG